AACUCAAUCAGUCGAGUCGAGACUUUGCUGCAGAACGGUUCGCCAAAAAAUAAUGCUGAAAUUUCUUGGUUUUGUCGUGAUUCUAGCGGUGCUACGCGGCUGCAAUGCCCAGACCUCGGCAGCUUACCUGCUGCAGUCCCACAGUCUCCCCACAGACCGCAACUUCAUGCCCACCCUGGGCAAUGGCCAUCUGGGCUACACGGUCUACGGGGAUGCCAUCUUCAUGAAUGGAGUGUACAAUGGAGGCUCGGGCAACAGCAAGCGAGCGCGCAUACCCAAUUGGCUGAACAUCACAACGGAGGUCUGCGAUCGUUUCGGUUGUGCCACGGACGCAGAGGCGGCCGUGAAUGGCACCAGCUAUGAGAUGGAUCUGCGGGAUGGUUACUUUCGUUCGAGAACAACCUACAACGGCUUGGGGCUAACCCUGGAGCAGAGAACUUACCCGCACAAGUACUACAAUCGGGCAUUGGUCUAUGAGGUGGUGGCCACGAGGAACAGCGAAAAUGCCGCCAGAGCGAAUUCUCCACAGUUCCUGCGGCUCAGCCAACAUCCCGGCAAUGCCAGCGAUGCCUUUGACUUUGUCGUCGUGUCCAAUGGCAGCAGUGCCAGCGGGGACUUUCGCACCAUUCGGGGACGAACGGAGAUCCUCGAAUUCGAGCGUUUCCAGCCAACACCCCAAGAGAUUUACAUUCUGUUCAGCCAGUACCUGGAGCAGCCACUGCAAUUGGAGUGGCCCACGUGGCAGGCGGAGCUGAGACAUCGCAUCAUCAUCUGCAUGGAUCGAGAGCAGAGUGUGGCCCUCAAGGAGCUGCAGGAUGUGCUGCAGCUGAGUGCCAGCAGCUUGCUGGAAAAGCACACCGAUGCGUGGCACAAUUUCUGGAACAGAGACUUCUCCAUUGCGCUGGUGGGCAAUGCCCCAGAACUCUCGCAGAUCAUCAAUGCGGGCAUUUUCUACUUAGCCAAUUCGUUGCCCUCGCUGAGCACCAAUCAGAAGAAUGAACCCUUCUACGGCCUCAGUCCCACUGGCCUGGGACGUGGCAAUCUGGAGGCGGACUAUCAGGGUCACAAUUUCUGGGAUACGGAGAUCUGGAUGCUGCCGGUGGUGACACAUUUUGGCUUUGAGUAUGGCAAGCAGCUGCUGGAUUAUCGCGGAAGGAAACUCGAGGCAGCCAAGUACAAUGCGCGCUCAAAGGGGUACAAAGGAGCGAGAUUCCCCUGGGAGAGCGCCUACACGGGCACCGAGGUCACGAAUCCCUGCUGCCCUGAGGUAGCCCAACAGGAGAUUCACAUCUCGCCAGACAUUUCCUUUGCGCUGCAAAAGUUCCUGGCCCAAUCGGGUGACUGGACUUGGGUGUGCGAGAAGGCCUGGCCCAUUGCCGCCGAGGUGGCCGAGUUUGUGGUGAGUCGUGCUGCCUGCGAGGAAUUCCGUCCCGUGUGCCACUUGUUGAAUGUGAUGGGACCCGACGAGGAUCAUCCGGAUGUCGAUGAUAAUGUCUACACGAAUGCAGUGUCCAAAAUAGCGCUGGAAUUCGCUGAAUGGGCGGGCGGCUAUUGUGGCAAUGAUAGCACGGAGCUCUUCGCAAACUGGCGACGUGUCAACGAUCGCUUGGUGAUUCUGCACGACACGGAGCUGGAUUAUCAUCCGCAGCAUGCGGGUUAUGUGGUGAACACCACCAUCAAGCAGGCAGAUACCAUACUGCUGGGUUAUCCACUGCGAUAUGAUUUAAGCAACACACACCUGAAUGAUUUGAACAUUUAUGCAAAGGUCACCAGAGAGUCGGGACCAGCCAUGACUUGGUCCAUGUUUGCCGUCAACCAUCUAACCAGCAAAGAGGAAUGGGUGGGCCACGAGUACUUCGAACGCGGCUACAAGAACUACGUGCGUCCGGAGUUCAAAGUGUGGAGCGAAACGCCGCUGGGCUAUGAGGGUUCCGCCAAUUUCCUCACCGGCAUUGGUGGCUUUUUGCAAGCCAUCAUCUACGGCUAUGGUGGCAUCAAUUUUGUGCGAAAUAACGAUAAAAUCUCAAUGAUUGUGAGCUUUGGCACCGUGCCGUUGGGUGUGGAUGAGGUGCAGGUGAAUUAUUUGCGCUAUUCGCACAGCACAUGUCGCUGGGUCUUCAGCAAUCGUUACUCCAGAAUGAACUGUGGCGCACGCACGGGUCCAGACUUUUACAUGGUGCAGGGCAAGAAGCGUACUUUGCUGGGCAGAUCGUUUAAUGUGACACUCGUGAAAGGCGAUGAGCCCGUGCACAUAACUUUUUAGUGGAAUAAAUGAAUACAUAUUUUAUUAUUACUUUGAAUAAAUAUGAAGAGAGAACUACAUA